CUCUAAUUUGGAUAUUGGGAACUCCAACUAUUAGGCUAUUUGCGAUGGUGCAUGUGUUUGUUUGAUUGUUGUUUGCAUUUGAGGGGUGUGCAUGGGUUUGAUAAAUACUGUCUGUUUCGGGGUGUGCCUGCUGCUCCUAGUCCCCAUGUGCAUAGUGCGUGUGGCAGCAAAUGUGAUAAGGCGUGGAUUGUGUCUGCUUCGGAUGUGCUGCUUAUAUGCAAGCUCCCCCGGGUAGCUUGAGCGGGUAUGGGUGUUUAAUUUAACUGGAUUUAGUUACCACCCUACCCUUGGCCUUGAAAACAUUUCACCACCCCCCCCCGAGAUGAAAAAACGCCUCACGGGCCUGCAGGGAGAUGCAGUGAUGCGGGGAGGGAAGGAGGAGGGCGGAGGGGUGGAGAUAGGUGGAGGUAAGGAAGAAGGGAAGGAGGCGAGUGGGAGUGUGAGGAAAGUGGAGGUAGAUGAGCUAGGAGUUGCAGGUGCUGUGAGAGGGAGAGUACUUCUGAAGGUUGGUGGUGCACACAUGGAGAUAGGAGCACCAGGAGCAAUGAUUGACUCUUCUCAGGGGCGCUAUGAGAAUAAAUUGCAAGUGCGCCCAGCGGUGUAUGAGAGGAGAAUACCGCCAAAGCUUGCCAUCCAUGGCUCUCCAGUGGAGCGGCUAGCUGCGGGUGUUGCUGCCCUCCCUUUGGAAGCAGAGAGGAAGCAGCAGCAAGGGAACAAGCAGGGAGAGCACGAGAAUGGGAAGGAGAGAGAGGAGGAAAGGGAGGGGUUGCAGGGAGAGGAGGGGGAUCCAGUGGCUGAUGCUGAAGCGGAGGCAAGACAGGAGCUGGAUGACUCUUUCGACCAGUACACAGAGCAGCUAAAGGACAACGAUAAUGGCCUUCCUACCGAAACCAACUUUCCCACUAACUCCACCCUCACUCUCCAUAAAGUAAAAUCCUGGCAGGUGACUGUAGUGCAGAGUGACAAUGUGGAGAGGGUGAGGAACCAACAGGAGGUGGUGGCCCUCGUCAGAGAGUUUUUUCCGGAACUGCCGAUAGCAAUGGUGCGGCUCGGGAAUGCGUCACUCCAUGAUAAAGUGACAAUAAUGGAGCGCACUCUCCUCCUCGUUGCAGUCCAUGACCCCCUGCUCUCCACUGCACUCUUCUUCCUGCCACGUGGUGCUGUCGUAUUGGAGCUUUUCCCUUUGAAACUCUUUAGCACACAGCACAGGAAAGGGAAUUGCCUACGACGGCUGGGAUACACAGACACAGACGAUGAUGUCAGUUGGCGAAUGAAGGAUUGUUUGAAGUGCAUUCGGGAUAAGAGCAUGACAUGGGUGGCUGGGAGGGACCUUUUGGAGUUGUUAGCUAAUGCCACACGAAACAACAUUUCGCGCCACAGCGAAAGCUAAAGCCGUGAGCCAUGCUGAGGCAAAGGGAGACCAGACGACCAUGUGCUGUUGUUUCGACAGAAGCGUAGGCUAGUAACGGGUCGUAGUCGCUUGCAGCUAUUCCCGCAGUAGCCUACUGACUUGUUUCCAUUUGUUUUGGUCGUCGGGAGCUGCUCAUAAGGGUCUCAGCCUGCCCCUUCCCCAAGACUCUCGUCUCUUUAGGACUAACUUGCACAAAGCCGCACCGUUUCCUAGCGUUUCGUUUCGUAAAUCUCACGAUAAUAAGUUCCUUCAGAUAUUACUUUGCCCCAUAUUUAUUUACUAAUAGCUGCAGUCUGUUGAUCACCCACGCCGCUACCCAGUUAUCCGCCAUGCUAGUACCCCGCAGCAUACACCGCCCGUCACAAUGGCGCGCUCUAACGAGGCUCCCCGCUUCCUUCUCCUCCUGGAGCAUAGCCAUCGUGGCGCUCUUGCUGUCCGCCACGUGUGCAUGGACUGCCGAUAUUCACUCGCUUUCCCCGCGCUCGCUUUCCGCUCGCUCACUUUCCGCCCACUCCCGUUCCGCGCGCGCGCUAGCGACGGUGGAGGUGGAGUCGACCGCGGGGCCCGGCUGUGUUAACGCGUUCCCCGCGAAGCCGCUGUGCAAAUUCGUCGACAGCCUCGCGUCGCGCCCCAUCCCCGUGCUCGACGGCGGCAGCGGCAAGACGCUUUCCAUCGGCGUGUACCAGACUUACCAGAGGUUCCAUCGCGAUCUGCCCGCCACGAAGAUCUACGCGUACGGCACGAGCCAGAAGACCGCGUCGUACCCUGGGCCAACGAUUGUGGCGAAAAAGGGGGUUACCACACGGGUUACAUGGUGCAACAGGCUGCAGGACCGGCAGCACAUGUUCACCCAGGACUACACUCUCAUGGCGCAGAUGCCCAAGCCGAAAAAAGGCGGCAUCCCCACUGUGCCCCACCGCCACGGAGGUGAGACUGCAAGCG